ACCUAGUACCUUCGCAGGACAUCUUGAUACAUCAAUCAUUCCCGCCAAACCAUCUCAAUUCCAACCCCCAAGAUGGCUUCCCGUAUAUUUUUCGGACCCCUGAUCGCCCUCCGUCUCGCUCCUCUCGUGAGCUCAACCUGCAGCCUCUGGUUCGCCUGGGACCAGAACCUCUUCCUGCGCACCUUCGUGCACCCCGCCAACCGCGCCGCCAGCGAUCGCUCCCUGCCCACCUACUUCCGGACCUUUUUCCGCAGCGGUGUGACCUGGGUCCUCGUCCUCCUGGGCGUCUCGCUUGCGACGGCCGGCAUGAACCUCGUCACCGACCGGGCCUCGCUGGCCCAACGGCAGUCCCUGCGGUGGUACGUCGCCGGCGCCGCCCUGACCGCCGGGCAUGCCCUGUACGCGCCCGUCGUCGCGCCCAUCGUGCGCGCAAUCACCGAGGACCACUCCAAGGGCCACUCCACGCGCGAUCUGGAGCGGUGGCUGUGGUGGAACUUCCUUCGCAUGUUGACCGUGGAUCUGGGGGCGUGGGUGUGCUUUGGGGUGGGGGCUAUCCAAGCACUUAACUGAGAACAAUUCCCUGUCUUCCAUGUGUUCCUGGGGAGCCAAUACGUCAGUUAGGGGCUAGGAGCACGCAGAAUUGCCUACUGGAUCACUCUGUCACUUCAAACCCCUCACUCACUAACGACCGGAUGAUGGAGAAGCAUCAAUUGCUCUCUUUUGACGAUUACGCGUUCGCAUGCGCUUGUCUACCAUCUCACUCUCAUGUUUCUCUUGCUUGCUUUCCAUAUUGCUGUAUUCCUUGCAAUGUAUGUAGUGGAAGUUCACUUUUGAGAAUGGGCAAAUAAGCCUAUGACAGUCUAUUUUAGUAGCUAUCCUACACGGACAUCCCCAAUAUACUUAUCACUCUUACGC